AUGGAGGACGCGCCGGUGUUUCGCCCGACGCCAAGUGAGUUUGCGUCCUUCCCGCGCUACAUUCGCACGGUCGUCGAGCCGCAGUGCCAAGCCAUUGGCCUCUGCAAGAUCGUGCCACCGGCCGCGUGGGUCGCGCGCGCGUCCGGCUACGACGACGUUGCGUUCGACAUCCACACGCCGCUGAGCCAGCACGUCGCGGGCAAGAAAGGCGUCUUCAACGUCGACCUCGUCGAGCGCAAGAGCAUGACUCUCGAUGCUUUUAAAGCGCUGGCGGCCGCCAAGGAUACCAUCGCGCAUCUUCUCGACGACGACGACGCCAUCGAGCGGACCUUCUGGAAAGGCCUGCGUCCGACAAUGGAGCCACCUGUCUACGGCGCCGACCUCGUGGGCUCGCUCUUCCAAGACGACGCGAAAAGCAACCCAUGGAACGUCAACAACCUGGACACGAUCCUGCGCAGCGUGGACCUGCCCGGCGUUACGCAGGCGAUGCUGUACUUUGGCAUGUGGCGCGCGAUGUUUGCGCUCCACACGGAAGACAUGGAUCUGUACAGUAUCAACUUUCUGCACACGGGACGGCCCAAGUUUUGGUAUGGCAUUCCGCCGCAGUCGGCGGCCAAGUUGGAACGCGUCGCGCAGAGCUUGUUUCCGGAGAAGGACAUGACGUGCCAUCAAUUUCUGCGCCACAAGACGUCGCUGAUCGCGCCGUCCAAGCUGCGCGAGCACAGCGUUCCGUUCGUCAAGGUGGUCCAGCGGCCCGGUGAGUUUGUGAUUACGUUCCCAGGCAGCUACCACCAAGGCUUCAAUAUGGGUUAUAACAUUGCCGAGUCGGUCAACUUUGCGACGCUGCGCUGGGUUGGCCUCGGUCGCGCGGCCAAGGUAUGCCGUUGA